AUGAGGAGCCCCCUAGAAAGAGCGGCAGAAUAUGGUACCCACAGCAGAGAUCUGAAGCCGUGGGUAAUUGCCCUUCUCACGGUGCUUGCCUUGAUGACGGUGGCAGCGACCAUUGGACUUCUGGCUCACGUUUUAGUCUCUGAUAUUCACGUCAUUAGCAGUUCAGAACGAAAGAGCUCAAAUCAGCUGAAGGACUUACAGGAAGCAAAUGAAGAUUUGGUAGAUGAAAUAUUUAUAGAGUCAGCCUUGAACAAACACCAUGUCAAAAACCAUGUAAUCAGACUAACUCCGGAAGAAGAUGCUGCAGAAGCAGACAUUAUUAUGGCACUCCAGUCCCCCUCUACUGGGCAAAGAACUGUGGGAGAAAAGAACCACAGCAUCUUAACUCAGAAGAAGAGGAACACAAGAGCCUUGCGUGCUGACGUGUCAGUAGUUCAAGUAAAUGAUUGUGGCAAACGAGCUAUCCCGUUAAUUGCCAACAGAAUAGUGUCUGGAAACCCUGCAGCUAAAGGUGCCUGGCCUUGGCAAGUUUCUCUUCAGCGCAGCAACAUCCAUCAGUGUGGGGGCACCUUGAUUGGUAACAUGUGGGUCGUCACGGCAGCACACUGCUUUAGAACCAAUUCAAACCCACGCCAAUGGACUCUCAGUUUUGGAACAACAAUAAACCCUCCCUUAAUGAAAAGAGACGUCCGAAGAAUUAUUAUGCAUGAGAGGUACCGCCCCCCAGCAAGAGACCAUGACAUUGCUCUUGUGCAGUUUUCUCCGAGAGUCACCUUUUCAGAUGAAGUACGUCGAAUUUGUUUGCCGGAACCUUCUGCGUCAUUCCCGCCAAAUUCAACUGUCUACAUCACAGGAUUUGGAGCACUCUACUACACUGGGGAAUCUCAAAAUGAGCUCCGAGAAGCCAGAGUGCAGAUCAUAAGCAACGACGUGUGCAAGCAACAGCAGGUGUAUGGCAAUGAAAUCAAGCGUGGGAUGUUCUGUGCGGGAUAUUUGGAAGGAAUUUAUGAUGCCUGCAGGGGUGACUCUGGGGGACCAUUGGUUGUAAGAGACAAUAAAGACACUUGGUAUCUCCUUGGAAUUGUGAGCUGGGGAGACAACUGUGGUCAAAGGAACAAACCCGGAGUUUACACACAAGUGACUUAUUACCGACGCUGGAUUGCUUCAAAAACGGGUCUCUAA